AUGGAGGAGGAGGUGAGGGAGAUGGUGGGGGAGGAGAUUUAUAAACGUAAGGAGGUGGUGGGGAUGGAGAAGGUGGAGGAGGAGACUUGUAAACAUAUGGAGGAGGUGGUGAAGGGGAUGGAGGUGGUGGGGAUUUAUAAACAUAGGGUGGGGGAGGUGAGGGAGAGGGUGGAGGAGGGGACUUGUAAACAUAAGGAGGUGGGGGUGAUUUGUAGUAAUAUGGAGGGAAUUCAUGGACAUAAUGAGGUGGAGGUGGAGAUUGGUAGUAAUAUGGAGGUGAGUUGUAGUAAUAUGGUGGUUUAUCAUGUUCAUAUGGUGGUGUUGGGUUUGGGUAGUUGGAUGGUUGGCCAUUGUUAUAGAAAUAUUGAGACUGAAGCAGAUUCCAAGGAUUAUUGCCGCAAGCUUAGUAGUACACGGGAGGCGGGGGUGAGUUAUAGUGGUAGGGAUGAUAUGGUGGAGGAGGAGAAGGUGAAGGUGGAGGUGGAGACUUGUAGUAAUAUGGUGGAGGUGGUGAAGGUGAUGGAGGUGGAGGAGAUUUAUAAUAGUACGGUGGAGGAGGUGAUGGAGAAGGUGGAGGUGGAGACUUGUAGUAAUAUGGUGGAGGUGGUGAAGGUGAUGGAGGUGGAGGUGACUUAUAAUAGUACGGUGGAGGAGGUGAUGGAGAAGGUGGAGGUGGAGACUUGUAGUAAUAUGGUGGAGGUGGUGAAGGUGAUGGAGGUGGAGGUGACUUAUAAUAGUACGGUGGAGGAGGUGAUGGAGAAGGUGGAGGUGGAGACUUAUAUAGAUAUGGAGGAGGUGGUGGAGACUUGUAAAUAUAUGGUGGAGGAGGAGAGGGAGAUGGUGGGGGUGGAGACUUGUAGACAUAGGGUGGAGGAGGUGAUGGUGAUGGUGGAGGUGGAGAUUUGUAGUAAUAUGGGGGAGGUGGUGAAGGUGAUGGUGGGGGAGGUGACUUAUAAACGUAUGGAGGUGGUGGUGAGGGAGAUGGUGGUGGCGGAGAUUUGUAGACAUAAGAUGGGGGAGGAGAAGGAGACGGUGGAGGUGGAGACUUGUAAACAUAAGGAGGUGGUGGCGAUGGAGAUGGUGGUGGAGGUGACUUAUACACAUAUGGAGGUGGUGGGGAGGGAGAUGGAGGAGGUGGAGACUUAUAAACAUAUGGAGGGGGAGGCGAAGGAGAUGGUGGAGGAGGGGACUUGUAAACAUAUGGUGGAGGUGGUGAUGGAGAGGGAGGUGGUGGUGUCUUGUAAACAUAUGGUGGAGGAGGUGAUGGGGAUGGUGGGGGUGGAUAUUUGUAGACAUAUGGAGGAGGAGGUGAGGGAGAUGGUGGGGGAGGAGAUUUAUAAACAUAUGGAGGUGGUGGGGAUGGAGAAGGUGGAGGAGGGGAUUUGUAGGCAUAUGGUGGAGGAGGAGAAGGGGAAGGUGGAGGUGGUGAUUUAUAGAUAUAUGGAGGUGGUGGAGAAGGAGAUGGUGGUGGGGGAGACUUGUAAACAUAAGGUGGAGGCGGUGAAGGUGAUGGUGGAGGAGGAGACUUGUAAAUAUAUGGUGGGGGAGGAGAGGGGGAUGGAGGUGGUGGUGAUUUGUAGACAUAUGGAGGUGGUGGGGAUGGAGAAGGCGGAGGAGGAGACUUAUAAACAUAUGGAGGAGGUGGUGGAGAUUAUAAACGAGGUGGAGGAGAGAGGGAGAGGAGAGGAGGUGGAGGUGGAGGGGACUUGUAAACAUAUGGAGGUGGUGGAGAUGGGGAAGGAGGUGGGGGUGAUUUGUAGUAAUAUGGAGGGAAUUCAUGGACAUAGUGAAGUGGUGGUGGAGGUGGAGAUUUGUAGUAAUAUGCAGCAAUUAGGCAAAAUGCAAAUGCAAGGAUCAAACGAGGCCAUUGCCUCGUUCCCAUCUUCUCUGGGUGAGAAAACUGUGGUAUUCCUUUAG